AUGGAAUCCUUAAUGAUGCCAUUAAUUCAAACAAAUACCAUUGUCAUUGAUCCUGGGUUAAAACCAAGAUUUGAGAGGAAGAAAUUAAGAGAUUCAAUCAAGUUUUAUGAUGUAUUUACUGAAGAUGAUGUGAUUAUCAAUGAUCAUGAAGUUUAUAUCCCUCGAAUCAUUCAAAAUAUAAAUUAUAUUGAGAUUGAUAGUUUUUCUAUAUUCAGUAGUAUCACUAAUCCUAAACGGAAGAGAGGUAGACCACCUAAGAAAACCAGAAAUGUUAUUAGUAAUCCGAUUGUGAAAGUUAAAGAAAGUAAAAAGGUUAUUGUUCAUAAAGAGGAUGAACCAAUUCGAUCUGUUUCUGAAUUAAGAAGAAGUACAAGGAUUAGGAAGAAACCUACCCGAUUAUUAAUUGAUGGUAUUAGUGAUGAUAGUAGUGAUUUAGAAGAAUGUGAAGAGAUAUUACUGGAAUUUGAAAUGAAACUGGAUGAAAGUGAUGAAGGGGGGAUUGAAAAAGAAGAAGAGAUUUUAGUGGUGGUUGAUACGGCUGAAGAAAAGGCUUUAAAUAAGAAUAAUCAAAGUUGUCAAUUUAUUGAAGAUUUAAAUGUGGCUUUCAAUGCUAAUGAAAUGAUUUCAUCAACUCCACAACGUACUAAUCCUAUAAUUGAAAUCAUUGAAUCGAGUGAUGAUGAUGAUGAUGAUGAUGAUGAUGAUGAUGAUGAUGAUGAUGAUGAAAUAUCUAGUGAGGAUGAUAAACAAAAUGAAUCAUAUUUCAAACAAGUUAGAAGCCAUAAUCGUACAUAUUAUUACGAAGUAGAAGAGCAAGAUGAUGAACAAGAAGAUGAAGAAGUACAAGUUGUUGGAAGAAAAGGUAUUAUACUUAAUAUGAAUUAUAAUAAAACGAAUCAACCUAAAUAUAAGGAUCAUUUCACCAAUAUUUUAAUUGAUAAUGAAUUAAAGAGGGAAUGCAAUAUAUGCAGUAUAUGUUAUAAUUCAUUACGAUUAUUUAAUAAACAUUAUGAAUUGGUGCAUAAUGAGAAUGAAGAGUCAUAA